ACGGUGGCAUUGGUGGUUCGGACUCCCGUACUCCCGGAGCCGAAUUGUUUAGGCCAGUGGCAGCAAAAGCCUCUAUUUAAGGAGAAGAAGCGGGAAGCCAAACUCCAUCUCCUCUCUGUCUCUCUCUCUCUCAACCUUCUUUGCUUUCCUUUACCGUCUAGUGGAAUCCAUUUCCGGCCCUUCUUUCCCAUCUCGCUUCGGUCUCGAGGACACCCGGGACCGGGUUCAGCUCCUCCGUCCCCGUUUCGAGGUGCUGUAAUGGCUCCGCCUCUUCAAGCAUCAACUAAGGCUUCUGACUUCCAACUUUCUCGUUCACCUCUCAAUGAAAGAAUCCUUUCAUCCAUGUCUCGAAGGUCUGUUGCAGCACAUCCUUGGCAUGAUCUUGAAAUAGGUCCUGCUGCCCCUAAAAUUUUCAACUGUGUGGUGGAAAUAACAAGGGGAAGCAAAGUGAAAUAUGAACUUGACAAGAAAACUGGGCUGAUCAAGGUCGAUCGUGUGCUUUACUCAUCAGUGGUGUACCCUCAUAAUUAUGGUUUCAUCCCACGCACUCUUUGUGAAGAUAAUGAUCCUAUGGAUGUGUUGGUUAUAAUGCAGGAACCAGUGAUUCCAGGAUGUUUUCUUCGAGCUAAAGCCAUAGGUCUGAUGCCUAUGAUUGAUCAGGGAGAGAAAGAUGACAAGAUAAUUGCUGUUUGUGCAGAUGAUCCUGAAUACAAGCAUUACAAUGAUAUCAAGGAGCUCCCACCUCAUCGUUUAGCAGAGAUCAGGCGCUUCUUUGAAGAUUAUAAGAAGAAUGAAAACAAGGAAGUUGCUGUAAAUGAUUUCCUGCCUGCAUCUUCAGCUUACGAAGCCAUUCAACAUUCCAUGGAUCUUUAUGCCAAUUACAUUGUCGAAAGCUUGAGGAGGUAGGAGGCAGGAGGCGAACCGAGGGAUGACGCAUCUGGACGAUUUUACUGUUUCUUUCACGUAGUAAUAUUUUAUACGUAAGUAAAUGCUUAUAUUCGGAGGGAUUCGAAUGGUAUUGUCGAGACAGAAGAUAAAUAUGCUUAAUGAGUUUGUUGUUGUUUAUCUUAUAUGAAAAUUUGCCAAUUUGAGUA